AUAAGUAACAAUUAGUUAAAUAAUUAAAUGAGAAUUCAUUCCACUACUAUGAUUCCAAGUACCCCAAUUCCUUGCUUAUUCGUUGUGAUAUGAUUAAAUUUAGUUCUCUCUUUCCUUCUGAUUCGUGAAAACAAAAUCUCAUUUCUUACUCACUGCAAAAACACCAUUUUUCAGUUCAAACCCAAAAACUCGCUGAAUGCCUCUUCUUCCACUCCCAUCCACCACCAAAACCCUAAAUUUUCCAUCCCCUUUCUACCUCCACCAUGUCUCUUCCUUUCAAUCCAAAUCCAAACCCAAAUUCCAGUUUCAUCCAAUUCUCUCCCUCAAUCUCGCCUGCAAAGGUCUCACUCUCGCCGUCUCUUCCUCAUCACCGCCGGAUACGAAGCUGAGAAGCGUGGGAUCCAAAAACAUUGAUGUUGCCACUAUGGGUAAUCUCUGUCUUGAUAUUGUUCUCAAUGUUCCGCAAUUGCCACCUCUGUCUGUCCAUGAACGGAAAGCUUUCAUGGAACGGUUGGCUUCCUCUCCACCUCCCAAGAAAUAUUGGGAAGCUGGUGGGAACUGCAAUAUGGCUAUAGCAGCUGCGAGGCUGGGACUUGACUGUGUAUCAAUUGGUCAUGUGGGUGAUGAAAUAUACGGGAACUUUCUAUCGGAUGUGCUUCGUGAUGAGGGUAUUGGUAUGGUUGAGAUUAGUACUGGUGAUGAUACUGUCAGUAUGUCAGGUGACUCAUAUGAAACACUUAUAUGCUGGGUUCUCGUUGAUCCUUUGCAAAAACAUGAUUUUUGUAGUCGAGCUGAUUUUUGCAAGGAACCUGCAUUUAAUUGGCUGAGCACAAUUUCUAGAGAAGCAAAAUUAGCUAUUAAAAAUUCAAAGGUUUUGUUUUGUAAUGGAUAUGGUUUUGAUGACCUAUCUCCUAGUUUACUGCAAUCUGUAGUGGACUGUGCUGUUGAAGUUGGCACAUCAAUCUUUUUUGAUCCAGGGCCACGUGGGAAGAGUCUCUCCGCUGGGACGCCAGAAGAACAAAGAGCUCUUAACCAGUUUUUGAGGAUGAGUGAUGUUCUUCUCUUAACGGCUGAUGAGGCUGAGUCAUUAACUGGCAUAGGAGAUCCGAUAUUAGCUGGGCAAGAGUUGCUUAAAAGAGGGAUCCGCACAAAGUGGGUGAUUGUAAAAAUGGGUCUUAAGGGUUCAUUUCUAAUAACUACAUCAAGUAUAGUGUGUGCACCUGCAUUCAAGGUGAACAUUGUUGACUCUGUUGGGUGUGGAGACAGUUUUGUAGCUGCUAUUGCUUAUGGUUUUAUACAUAAUUUGCCAAUGGUUAAUACAUUAGCAAUUGCAAAUGCAAUAGGUGCUGCAACAGCCAUGGGCUGUGGUGCUGGUAGGAAUGUAGCAUCACUGGAAAAAGUAGUUGAUAUAUUAAGAUCACCUAACCUCAAUGAAGAUGACGAGUUUUGGACCGAAAUUCUCGAAAAGGAAGUGUUAGAUCAGGAAGUAACAUGUCUGUCAAAUAUUAUGAAUGGAAACAAAAAUCAUCUCAACUUUGUCUCAUUUGACCAGGUCGCCUCUGAGCUCUUGCCGAAGCUUGAGUUUCCACAAACAGUGGAGAAUGUUCCAACUUGAUUUUUGUGGACAGUAGAUCGUAGCCACUGUUUAUCCACUCAUGUGAACUAACCCUUCUCUGGAUUCUCUUACUUCUUGGCUCCUUCAUCCUCUAAAAGUUCAAAAGUAAGCGAUAAGGCGACAGUUUUUUCUCUCCGACAAUAUUACAUUACAAUAGCUAAUUAAAAAGGCAUUGUCUUUUAGCAAGUAUAUGAGAGAUUGCUGCUCAUCAAGCCUUUUAGCUGAUUUCUUUUAUUUCAGUCUCAAUGAUUUUCCUUUGAUGUCAAAGGUAUUUUUCCUUUCAGAAAGGGUGAGAAGGCUUUUAUCCUUGGACAAAUUCCAUUUUUUGGGCUUCAUUUUUGCAUGAAUGCUUCUGAAGCAGUGAUAUGUAAUAGUAUAUAUUUUGAUAGUCAAUUGAUGGCAGUGGGAGAAAUGGUUUGUAUGAAUUUCAAUAUUUUGAAUAGGAAUUGUAGUACUAAUUUAUGGUACUUAUGGUUGGAAUUAUUACAAAUAUAUCUGACAAAUGUUUUUCUCUUA